CAAACUACUAGCGCCACCGCGCUCAACGCCGUUUCUCCGCCGGCAACAAUCAGCCCUUUUACGAACUGGUAGACCGUCAGUAUGACGAAAGGUACCUCCAGUUUCGGAAAACGUAGGAAUAAGACCCACACGCUGUGCCGGCGAUGCGGUCGCAGCAGUUACCACAUCCAGAAGUCUACAUGCGCCCAGUGUGGUUACCCCAAAAGUAAAAUGAGGCACUACAACUGGAGUGAGAAGGCAAAGAGGAGGAAGACCCAAGGAACUGGUCGUCUCCGACACCUUAGGAAAGUUUGGAGGCGUUUCAGGAACGGCUUCCGUGAGGGUGGCGAGCAAAAGUCUCAGAAGCACGCAGCAGCAAGCGCCGCAGCAUCCUCGGGGGCCGCAAAAUAAAUGUUGUAUAAUCAUGCCAAUAAAUGUGGUUAACAUCCAA